AUGUCAUUUACAAAUAAUAGUACUCAAUCCCAUCUAAAUACCCCACUUAUAUACAUAAAUUCUACUUAAAGAACACCAAAUGAUUACAGUAAUAAGAGAUCACUUUCUAACAAGCAUAUUAACCAGAUAAAUCAGAUAGAGGACCUUUUCUAAAGAGCAGAUAUUCUUAUGUUCAAGGAUAGAAAUUAUAACGAGGCUGAGUAAAUUUAUAGAUCAAUACUAGAAAUUGACUGUAGAAAUGUUGAUGCAAUGAAUUCAGUUGCAUACUGUAUUAAGUAUAGAUUACUUGGUUUUGAUGGGGAAGGUUAGAAUAAUUUGAGUGAGUCAAUCAAUAACCAGGUAUUCGAACUUCUGAUGCCUAUUUAUUCUGAGUUGCUGAGAAUCGAUCCAGAAAACGUCGAAACUAAUUUCAAUAUGGGCUUAUUGUUCCUAACUCAGAAAUAAGACUUAAAUUCUGCCAUUAACUUCUUUUAAAGAGCAUUAAAGAAAGACAAAUAAAUAAACAAUUAGAAGUCUUUGAAUCCUUAAGAUGCUGCUGUGUAUUAGCAAUACUAAGAUGUGUUCAGACCAUAGUUCAUUAAGUCUUUAUAUAAUAUUGGGAUGAUUUAUGAUAGACUUGGAGAUAUUCAAAGAGCAAAUACUUAUUAUAGACAUGCAAUCAAUAAAUGCAAAGAGGAUAAGUCUCAGUAAAGCAUGAAAUCAUCGUAUUAUAUUAAAGCUUAAACUAAUUAUGCUGUUACUCUAGAAAAACUUGGGAAACGCCAGGAAGCAAUAAGUAUGCUGAAUAAUAUGAAAGAUGAAUUUAGAGAGGACAUCAGACUAUUCAAUAACCUUGGUAUAAUUUAAAAGAGAAACGGUUCUAUAAUAGAAGCUAUAGAAUGCUACGAAAACGCAAUCGAAAUUGAUAGUGAAUGUUUCUUCCCUUAUUAUAACCUAGCUGUAUGCAAAUCAUCUGUUAGCAACUCUAUUACUGACAAGGAAGCUUUAGAAUAUUUUGAGAAAGCCUUAGAUUUAGCAAGAUAGAACAGAGAGGAAAUAUAUGAAGUAAACGUCUUGGUAAAUAUGGCUCUUAUCUAUGAAAGACUCGAUAAUAUUCAUGAAGCCAUUCAAUGUCUUGAGUAGGCUUUAGUCAUUGAUGAUUCAAAUGCUAGAAUCACUCAAAAGCUUUAACAGUUAAGAGAUCUUCUUAGUAAAAGACAACUUUAUCAGUAGGACUCAUUUUAAGACUCUGAUAAGUCAUCAAACUAGCAUUUACCCUAGUAAGCUUCACAAUAGAAGUUACAAUAAUCUCAAGAAUUCCAAAUCAGCAGUCAAGAUUCUAAGAAGGAUGAGCAAAGUAGAAAUUAUCAAGUUGUAGAGAAUUAAAUUAGUCAAUUAUCCCUAGAGCAUUUGCAAAUUAACAAGAAUUUAGAUUCUACUAAGAAGUUGAUCUAGCAAGCAUCUGUUGAUGAAAUAAUGGAGAACACACCAAGUACUCAUCAGAAUCACAACUAGUCUAAAAAUCUCAAGAACUAUUCCUUUCAAUCUUCAGAAUAGAUGAAAGAUGAUACACCCUAACCAGGCAAAAAACAAUAGCAGCGCAUGUCUAAGUAGAUAGAUAUAAGAACAGUUUCUGAGGCUACAAAUCAUGCCCAAAAUGAUAAAAGUACCAAGAAUGAUGAUAAAAGACAACAUGAGACUUUUGAAGAUAGCUUGAUCUAAAUAGUGAAUACCUCAAAUUUUAGGUUGGAAAUGGACAAAAAGCAAGAGGAUAAUGGUUAUAUAACAGCUAAUGCAAGCAUAGAAGGAACUCUACUCGAGAAAAAAGAUCAUUCUUAGCUGGUUGUUGAGUAAGAAACACCUAAGAAUAGAAGGAGUAUUUUGCAGAACUCAUCUUAGCGGUUACAAAUGCGCUCAGGAUUGCAGAGUAGGUAGUCAAAUCAUGAAAGUAUGCGCAUAGAUCAUGCUAAGUUGACAUCAGGGCUCGAUACAUUCCUGCCAAAGACUAUGGAGGAAUUGAAACAGUAGGAAUUUGAAAUUAAACAAAAUGAAAGCAUGAUUCAGCAAAGCAAUACAGAAAAUACAGUGAACAUUGAAGAGCAAAAGGCUGACAAUACUAAUUUGGCCCAGUAUUAUCAGGAAAUAGUUGAAGAUGAUUAGUAAAAUUAGAUUAGUCAAGAAGACAUUCAUAAUCUAGUUGAUGUUGAGAACGUUGAUGAACAAUCGAUAGAAAAAAAUGAUGAUAAUAAACUGCAAAUGAGCUCUUAAAGACAUAACGAUUAAAGAAAUAACAAUAAUUUAGACAUUGAUGUGCAGCACUUCUCUCGCUAUUCCUCAAUGAAGCAAGAAGAAGAGGAUGACUAUCUUUACUGGGGUCACGAUAAAUGCCUCAGCAGAAUUGAGAAAUUUGAGAACUAGGAAGAGGUUUGCAAAGCCACAUUUAGACUGGGACUAAUUUAAAUGACUUAAAAGCAUUAUAAGAGGGCUUUGGAGUACUUCAAAUAAGCUGAAUUAAUGGGAGUUGAAGAAAUGAUGGUUUAAAUAUGGAUUAAGAUUGGAGAAGCAAAUUAUAAAAUGGAUUUCAAUCAAGAGGCUCUUGAAUAUUUCUAGAGAGCUUAAGAUAAGAUAAAACCAUAGGAAGAUUACUUAAUUUCACUUUUUAAUGCUAAAUGCUUCGAUAAGUUGAAGUAAUUCUCAUAAUGUAUCAAAGAAUACGAAAAUGGAAUAUAGCAAUGCAAGUAGUAAAUUGAAUUUGAAGACCAAGGCACCGUAUUAGGAAACAUUUACUUCAGAUUAGGGUGGGCUUAUAUUAGAGGCAAGGUAGAUAUAGAGUUAGGAAUAGAACAUCUCAGAUAAGCCUGUGACCUGCUUCCAACAAAUUCUGAAGUCUUCAUCAAAUUAGCGAGUGUGUUAUUCAGAGAGAAGGGAUUGAUUGAUGAACCAUUAUAAUUGCUGGAAAAAGCAGUGAAACUUAAGACUAGAAACGCUGAUGCAUAUAUGCUACUCGGAAAACUGAUGGACAAGAAAGAAGAAAAUACUAAAGCAUCUGAAUACUUCGCCUAAGCCAUUAAAUAUUACGCUGAGUAAGAUCCUAAAAAUCCCCCUCAGCCUAGUUGCUUCUUUUACCUCGCAUCUUCAUUAGAAAAAGCUAAGGAGUUCAAAAAGUGUAUUCUAAACUAUAAGAAGUGUCUUACUCUUGAUAAUAAGCAUUUUGGUGCAUCGAUUCAAUUGGCUAAUCUCCUUGCCAAUCUCGGAGAAGGCUAAAGAGCAGCAAAGUACUUUAAGCAUGCUAUCAAAAUAGAGCCUGAAUCAAUUAAUGCUAGAUUCGGACUUGCCAAGACUCUAUAAUAAUUUUCUGAAAAUAAAGAUGCACCCAUCGAGCAUUACGAACUUGUAAUUUAAAAAGACCCUAACCAUUAUAAAGCCUACACUUAGUUGGGAAUUCUAUUCUUAGACAGAGAAGAAUAUGAGAAGAGUGCUGACAAACUUAAGAAGGCGCUUGCAAUUAACAGGUUCUACCCAUUAGCUUUAGUAUCAAUGGGUAAUUUAUUAUUUGAAACAGGUCAUGCCGAUGAAGCCAUUAAGUACCACAAACAAGCUUUAGUGAUCAAUAAUAAAGAACUCCAGGCAUUGAUUGGGCUGGGUAAUGCCUAUUACGACUCUUCGUAGCCUAAGGAGGCUAUACAAUUCUACAAGAGAGCUUUGCACAUUGAUGAUUAGUUGAGUGAUGUCCAUUAUAAUUUGGGCAAUGCACUAUAUCUAAUUGAGAACAUUGAAGAAGCUAUUAUCCACUACAGAGCAGCUAUUAAUUUGAAUCCUCGCAAAUCUGAAUCUUUCUAUAAUUUAGGCAAUGCGCUUUGUGUGAAAAAUGACUACCACAACGCAAUUAAUUCUUAUCAUUAGGCAUUAGAUCUGGAUCCUAAGAAUGCUCCAGCACUAUAUAACCUUGGAAAUGCUUAUUACAUGCUUAAUCAGUUCUAGGACGCAAUCAAAGUAUACCUUAGAGCUCUAGAGAUAAACGAAUUCAGUGCUGAGUGUCAUUUCAAUCUAGCCUCUGCAUAUAACGAUAUCGCCAACUAUGCAGGAGCAGUAGCUCACUACAAUAGAGCUUUGGAAUUAGAUGAUAAGAACACAGAUGCCUUUUUGUGCUUGGGUGGAGUCUAUGAAACUCUCAAGCAGUUUGAUAAAGCAGAGAAGUACUAUAGAAUAGCUUUAUAGAGAGAAGGGGAUAAUGUUAAAGCAUUGGAUGCAUUGAAAAAGCUUAAAAAUAGCAAUCUCAUUAGAACUAAUACUAACCAAUGA